GUUUGAAGCAUCUUCAGUUAGCUUAGGUGGCUCACCGCUUGGCAGUGAAAGUAUUUUCAAGAUCAAGAACAGAAAACAUCAAAGUGAAAGUGACAUGAAUAAACCCAACCUCUAUCACCGGGCAAACGGUCUGCAGCGAAGAGAUGCAGAAGAAAUUCUUGAUGAAUUUGGUCACCUUCUUAAAUGGAGAGAGGAUGGCAAAGAUUCUCUUUUGGACGUUGGUAGCGGGUGUGGUGAUGUGCUAGUGGAUUUUGUGAUUCCCUUGAUACCGCAAAAUUUUGUAAUAAUUCUUGGAACUGAUAUUUCAGAGCAAAUGGUACGCUUUGCUAGAAAAAUUUAUUCAGGCAGGAGAAAUGUCUCGUUUGACAGAUUGGACAUUGGUGGGGAUGUGCAACAGUUUAUGAGUAAAUGGGGCAGAUUUAAUCACAUCACCUCAUUUUAUUGCUUGCAUUGGAUUCGGAACCAGAGUAUUGCUUUUGCAAAUAUUUUCAACCUUCUUAGAGCGGAAGGAGAUUGUUUGCUUACAUUUUUGGCAAGAAAUCCAAUAUUUGAUAUUUAUUAUCAGCUGUCGAAGACAGACAAGUGGAAAAAGUAUAUGAGCGAUGUAGACAGAUUUAUCUCCCCAUAUCAAUACUGCGAGAAUCCGUCGGAAGAAAUCGGUAAAAUACUGUCAUCCGUUGGUUUUAACAAAUAUAAGAUACAAAUAAUGGACAGAAUCUACGAGUAUAAAGGAAUUGACAGUUUAAAGCGAGCUGUAUUGGCCGUUAAUCCGUUCUGCGAGCGGAUGCCUUUGGAUUUGCAGGAAGAUUUUAUGGAUGAUUACAUUGACAUUGUUAGAAAAAUGGCUUAUCACAAGAAUGGCCACGAGGAUGCUAAUGACUAUAAAUUUAUAACACCGUAUAAACUGGUUAUUGUUUAUGCUUCAAAGUAACCGAAUCUUAAUAAUACUGGUUCUGUUUCAUGUAAUUUAUUCCUGAAUGUUAAGAAAUAAAUUAUGCCGUCAUUUGAA